AUGCCUUUAUCAACUACUCAUUUUAAUAUUUCCGAGCGAAUAGACGUAGACGGUGAUACACCUGUGAAACUCACUAAUAAAAAUGGCAUAAAAACAACCGAUAUAAUUAAAAUUAAUCAAAAAAAGUAUGAACGCAAAGUUAAAAAAGCCAAACUAAAUGCUCGUUCAGUAUUUUAUAUGGAUUCUUUUAAGCCUAAACUUGCCCUUAAAAAACGAAAAAUCACACCACAUUUAUAUGACUUAUCUAAUAGUCUUGCUAUAAUAAAACUAGAACUUGACAUAUUUGAAUGGUCCAAGUUUGGUUUUGCCAACAACAAUUAUUGGAUUUCAUCAUGUGCUGACAAAAUUCCUCGAAUCGAUGAAUCGCAAGUUUCUCGGGAAGAAUUCAUCAAGAAAUAUGAAGCUCCUGCUUUACCUGUCGUUAUUACUGGCUGUACAAGAGGCUGGGCAGCAGAAACAAAAUGGAAUAAAGAGGAACUUUUGCGAAAUUAUGCUCGUCAUAAAUUCAAAAUCGGCGAGGAUGACAAAGGAAAUCCUGUACGCAUGACUUUUAAGUAUUAUAUGCACUAUUUAGAAACAGAAGGUUUUAAAGAUGAUAGUCCACUGUACAUUUUUGAUUCGUCUUUUGGAAGACGUGGAAAAUCUAAGAAAGCCAGUGUUGAAGAGCUUAAAAGAAAAAAUUCAAACCCGAAAUCUAAGGAAUGCCUGUUGAAAGAUUACAAGGUUCCUACUUAUUUCGACGAUGAUCUCUUUCGUUUUACAGGUGAAAAUCGCAGACCUCCAUACCGCUGGUUUGUGCUUGGUGGUGGAAGAAGCGGAACUGGAAUUCAUUCUGACCCAUUAGGAACUUCUGCUUGGAACACUUUGUUGGUUGGCCACAAACGCUGGUGCCUUUUUCCACCAUCCACGCCUCGCAAAUUAAUUGAUCCAAAACAGAAAGAUCAUGAAGCUGUAACUUGGUUUGCAUGCGUCCUUCCUAAGCUACUUGAAGUUCAUGAAGGAAAGAACAAAAGUCUUGCUGAGGAAUACGGAAUGAUUGAAGCGUUACAAGGACCUGGUGAAACAAUGUUCGUACCAGGUGGAUGGUAUCACGUGGUAAUGAAUUUAGAUUUUACAAUUGCCGUCACACAAAACUUUUGUUCUCCAACUUCUAUUGAACAAGUUUGGUUACACACUCGAAACGCACGCCCUAAACUUGCGCAAAAGCUUUUAUCAAAGAUUGUGCGAUUGUCAACCAUCGGAGGAACAAGACAUAGUAAAAACUUUUAUCGAAAUUUGGUAAAUAAGAUUAAAGGUUCAACUGAUGAUGAUGGUGACACCGAAGUGAGUGAAACAGAGAGCGAGGAGGAUGGGCCAGAUGCUAAACGUACUUUUUCUUCUUCAGCAGCAAACGCUACUAAAGUAGCUGUCCUUGGUGCCGCCGGUGGUAUCGGACAGCCGCUUUCCCUUCUUCUCAAACAUAAUGAUUUAAUAUCUCAUUUGUCUCUUUUCGAUGUUGUCAACGCACCCGGUGUUGCUGCUGACUUGAGCCAUAUUAACGAACCCAGCAAAGUCACUGGUUACUCUCCUGAUAACGAUGGUCUUAAACACGCUGUCACAGAUGCCUCAAUAAUUGUCAUUCCAGCCGGAGUUCCUCGUAAACCUGGCAUGACUCGUGAUGAUUUGUUUAACACCAAUGCUGGAAUUGUCAGAGAUUUAGCUACCGCUGCUGCACAGUAUGCGCCUAAGGCAUAUAUGGCAAUCAUAUCAAAUCCCGUUAACUCUACUGUGCCAAUUGUAUCUGAAAUAUUCAAAAAACAUAAAAUCUAUGAUCCAAAAAGAAUUUUUGGAGUCACAACGUUAGAUAUUGUCCGUGCAUCCCGUUUCGUAUCUGAAUUAAAGGGUACUAAUCCUAAAAAUGAGAAAAUCGUUGUAGUCGGAGGGCAUUCCGGUGUGACCAUCAUCCCUCUUUUAUCUCAGUCUGGCUCGAAUUUCACCGAUGAUGAAUUGAAAGCUUUAACGCACAGAAUACAAUUCGGUGGUGACGAAGUGGUUAAAGCUAAAGCUGGAACUGGUUCAGCGACACUCUCUAUGGCUUACGCAGCUAAUCGUUUCACCGGUUCUCUACUCCGUGCACUAAAAGGUGAAAGUGGUAUCAUUGAGCCUGCUUACGUGAAAUCUCAUUUAUUUGAAUCUAAGGGAAUAGAAUAUUUCGCAUCAAACGUCGAAUUAAGUCGCGAAGGUGUGGGCAAAGUUCACGACCUGGGACCAUUAAGUCAAUAUGAAAACCAGCUUUUAGAGGCUGCUUUACCUGAACUAAAGAAAAAUAUCGAAAAAGGGGUCGAUUUUGUUCAUAAAUAA